AUGUCCUCCGCCCAAAAAGUACCGGCCUGGAAACGAUUGGGCCUCAAGCUCAAGCAGCCCGCAUCCGGCGCAGAGAUUGGCGGCCCUGCUCCCACCGAGGGAUCGAAGCCCAACGGACAGCAACACCACGACCGGCACGCCAGCGGCCCCGUCGCCAACGCCGCCAACGCCUCCCCGGCCGCCGCCGCCGCUGCCAAAAGGAAACGUCUCGAACAACAACAGAACACCCCUGCGUACGGCUCCUCCCCCUUCAAAAGGACCCGCACCGACAACGACUCGUCAAGCUAUGCAACCCCGACCCUGAGGAAGCAGAAGUCCGUCACCUUUGCCGAAGACGUCAAGAACCCAACCGCCGCCGCCGAAUCGAACAGGAAGAGGAGCAAGGGCUCCAAACCGGCCAAGACGGCGACCCAGCAGCCCACUGCCGACAUCAAGCCCUCCCUUGAGUACCUCCGGACCUGGAAGUCGUCCCGCGACUCGUGGAAGUUCAACAAGAACCACCAGACCAUCCUCAUGAAGCGUGUCUUCCACACCGAUUCCAUCCCCUCGAGCGACAUCGCCACCUUCUACGAGUACAUCCAAGACCUCAAGGGCUUCACGAGGACCCGGCUGAAGGAGACGGCGGCGGAGGUCAAGAAGGAGGACGCCGAGAAGGGCAAGGCCGCCUUCCCCGACGGCACGCCGGACAUGGAUUCGAAGCAGUCCGAGUAUGAGGAGGUCCUGGCCGGCCUGAUGCAGCUCGGCUCCGGCUCCGGCUCCAAAAGGAAGCGCUUCGACGAGGCCGCCUUCGUGACGCAGUCCACCGACGUCGCCAUCACCCAGCGGGUCGUCAAGCGCAUGCGGGCCGAGACGAUACUUGCGGAGCUGUCCGAUAGUGAGGACAGCGAUGCCAUGGCCAUUGACACGGAGGAGCCGGCGGCCGCGCCGGCCCAAGCGGCGGCCGCCCAGGAAGAGUCCGUUGACAAGAGGGCCAAGCUCAACGACGGCACGAAGCAGAGCACCGCCCGUCGCCGCAAGAGGCGCACCAACGUCGACUCGAGCUCCGAAUCCUCCGACUCGGAGUCGGACUCGGAUUCCGACAGCGACAGCGACUCGGACGACUCGGACAACGCGAGCGAGGUCCAGCGUCAGGCUGCCCAGCGCGAGGCCGAGACGUCGAGCAGCUCGUCGUCGUCUUCGGAGGCCGAAGACAGCAGCAGUGAGGAUGACAGCGAGGAUGAAGAGGAGGAGACCACCAAGAAGAAGGGUUCGAAGAAGUAG